AAAGAAGGAAGCUUUAGAUUCUCAAUAAACGGUUUUAAAUGGUGGGUGUGGACUAAAAAUAGUUGAGAAAUGAUAUCAUUGUGAGGUUUGAAUCCGGCAACAAUGGCGGACAUGGGAAUCCCUAGAUUUAUUCAGGGUUCCCCUGUCGUUUAAUGCAUGGUAAGAAGCGGGGUUUUAUCGUUUAUACAAACAUAUUCGAGGCAGAGCUGUUCAAAAACAAGGGAUUGUUUUGGAGUGAUUAUGGGCUGCAUUUGCUCCAAAGGAGCCAAAGAUGAGAGUAUAAACGAUAAUGAGAAAGAUAAAGAUGUGAACAACAGAAGCAACAAGGAAUCAGUGCAAUUGGUCGCUCCUACACCAACAAAGAAAGAGGACCUUUUAGUUGCUCGAGGUGGCAAUGAUGGCUCCAUUCGUCGACCAUCCAAAGUUCGUCUUUCAGUGGAUAUAGCUAACUCUCCUGCUCGGGCUGACGCCGAACUUGUUGCUGCCGGUUGGCCUUCCUGGUUAGCUUCGGUUGCCGGUGAAGCUGUUAGGGGAUGGGUGCCUCGACGGAUCGAAUCUUUUGAGAAGUUAGAGAAAAUUGGACAAGGAACUUAUAGCAGCGUAUAUAGGGCUCGUGACCUUGAAACGGGCAAAAUAGUUGCUAUGAAGAAAGUUCGGUUUGUUAAUGUGGAACCCGAGAGUGUCCGUUUCAUGGCUAGGGAAAUCACCAUUCUACGGAAGCUCGACCAUCCAAAUGUUAUGAAGCUCGAGUGUAUAGUCACUUCAAGGAUAUCGUGCAGCUUGUAUCUCGUUUUCGAGUACAUGGACCAUGACCUUGCAGGGCUUGCAGGAAAUCCCGGCAUCAAGUUCAAGGAACAACAGAUAAAAUGUUACAUGCAACAGCUGUUUCUUGGCCUUGAACACUGCCAUAGCCGUGGUGUUCUGCACCGAGACAUCAAGGGCUCGAAUCUUUUGAUUGACAACAAUGGAGUUCUCAAGAUUGCAGAUUUUGGUUUGGCUACAGUUUUUAAAGCUGACCAAAAGCAGCCACUAACAAGCCGUGUCGUAACUCUUUGGUACAGGGCACCCGAGCUUUUGCUUGGGGCCACUCAUUACGGAGUUGCUAUAGAUUUGUGGAGUGCGGGUUGCAUCCUUGCUGAAUUAUUUGCUGGGAAGCCUAUUAUGCCAGGAAGAACAGAGGUGGAGCAAAUGCAUAAGAUCUUUAAACUCUGUGGCUCACCCUCCGAGGAGUAUUGGCAGAAAACAAAACUUCCACAUGCAACUAGUUUCAAACCUCAACAACCUUACAAACGAUUGAUUGCUGACACUUUCAGAAAUCUGCCUCAGUCUGCCUUGUCUCUUAUUGAUAAACUCCUUGCGAUCGAACCAGAAGUUCGAGGAUCUGCUACUUCAGCACUUAGAAGUGAGUUCUUCACAACGGAGCCCUUCCCUUGCACACCAUCAGAGUUGCCGAAGUAUCCUCCAAGCAAGGAACAAGAUGCCAAACAACGUAAUGAGGAAGCAAGAAGGAAAAGAGCAGAGGCUAUGAAGGGUCGAGGAGCUGAAUCGGUUAGUAGAGGUUCGCGAGAUCUUAAGGAAGCGCGUUCACCGGAAUUCAUUGCUAAGGGACAAUCAAAACCAGGCGCCACUCAUAAAUAUGAUCAUCCUAGUGCCUCGGUCCUUGAUCCUUGCAAGGUCAACUUACAAAAUGGUAUAUCUAGUUCCUCUUCGAUGAUCCAUCCUAGUGCAGUAGAUUCAUGGAACAAGACAGGUGGUACGAGAAACAUCAGCGAGUUAAGAAAACAGAAUACAAUGAAGCCUCAGGUAGCUAACACUUGCUAUACGAAAUAUGAUAGAGCAUCAAACAAAGAUCAAGCCUCGGUUUAUACAGCAAAGAAAAACAGGAUCCACUGCUCAGGACCACUGAUGCCUCCUGGGGGAAACAUUGAAGAUAUACUUAAAGAGCACGAGAGACAAAUCCAGCAGGCUGUACGAAAAGCACGUAUCGAGAAGUGAGGACAGCAGUAAACUGAAAUCGCAGCAAUGUAUAAAAUCGACUGCACGAGCAGGCUUCCUUGUAAUUAAGAAGCUUGUUCUGACAGUUCUCCGAUUUCGAUAUGCCAAGUUGCAACCCUCAUAACCUUAUCAAGUCACAACACAACGAGAUUGAGACCGAGACUGAAAUGUUAUAUUGAAUUGGGGUCAUGAGAGUCUGGUGAAAUAUUGAUAGGGUUGAUUUGUAAUCGGUUUUGAUUACAUGCAUUGCUAUUUCAAAUGCAUGAGAUGGGAGGAAUGCGCUUUGUAUAGUAGUUGAAUCUCAAAGUAAGAGGAGAAUGAUACACAACAUAAUCGGUAGGAAUGUAACAUUUUUUAUUUUAUUUUUUUCUUUAACAAAA